AUGCAUGCCUUUCAUCAAUACAAACGUGGACUGCAUUCAUCUGGACACGGGCCUUUGCCACCUACCGAGUCUGCCCACCACCCGAAGUUUAAGCUCAUCUUGGAAGACCUGACACUCAGCAAGCUGUCUCCCAUUGUUCCACCGGCUUGCUGGCCCCAGUGUCUGUAUAAGCUGCUGAUUUGCCUUCGGAAAACAAACCAGCAUCGAUUUCAAACAAAUGACUGGAUAAUUUGCGCUGAGGUAUUUUGGGGAAGAGAGCGGGGCCUAGCGGGGAGAAAGCCAACUUCAUGCACAGCGCAGGGGAAUGCUUUGCCUUUAACCACCUGCGGGCCCGCCCCGCGGAGGGAGCCCUCCGGAAGUGAGCGCACGCAACCGCAAAGGCAGAUUCCUACGCCGAGUGCGGCCCUCUCUCUUCCGGCUUUGCCUUCGCUCCCUAGCUUUUCUCCUUUCACUCCCGCUGGCCGACUCCAGCCCGCUGGGCUCUCGUUCUCCUGGCUACUAAUCCAAUCCCGGCACACCCGCCCGACGGCGCUCGAAGCUAGGCCUGGCCUUGUCCGCAGAGUCCGUCCCUCGCCGCCACCGGGAUCCGCCCCCGCGCUGACAGGCACUUCCGGCAACACCGCGGCCGGGAAGGAGCGGGCGGGGAGCGAGGCCUGCGGUGCGGGGCGGGAUGGACGCGUUGGCUGUCAUGAUGCGGGACCUGCUGACCCAGAACCAUGCCCAGCGCAGGGAGAACAACGAGCUCGCGGACCGGGUCCGGCGGCUGCUGUGCAAGAAAGCCUACCUGCUGGGCCGGGGACGUUCGCCGGCCCACCUGGGGGCUUUCCCGAGACGUUUAACGGCGACUCUGCCCUGCCUCCCAACUUUUUGAUGCAGGCGUUCUCUUACAUGACUUUCUUCGAGGCUAGACAUCCUGAAGGCGGCUUUCUUAAUUGGCUGCCUCACCGGCUGGCAGAGCAGUGGGUAGUCCCGUACAUCGAGAGGGAGAGCCCCCUCCUGGCUCCGUACGAGGGCUUCGGGGACGCGCUGUAGCGGGCCUUGGCCAUUAUAGGUAGGAAAGAGUCGGGCUGGAUCCCCAGGGUCCGGGGAGCGGCCACGGCCCGGGCCCGCGCGAGCCACUUCACUCCCACAAGCCCAGCUCACCAGUUCCAAGCUGCUGGACUCUGACCCUCGCUGGGAAGCUUGAUCGCCGCCUGUUCUCGCCAGUCUCUAUGGCUUUGCACUGCCCAGCAACCCGGCCACUGCCCAGGACCUGUUAAAAAUUGAAUGGACCUCCCGGAAUCACGCCGCUGCCACCGCCGUUUCUAGAGACGGCUUUUGACCACCUUUGAGAAUCAGGGUCAAACUUGGAAGGGCUUGCAUUUGGCACAGCUCGGACACUGAUUUGGAUAGUUGAGGCCCAGAGACAGCUUCCGGGUUAGUGUUCCAGAGAACACUGAUGAAAAAUUGUGACAUUUUCCUUCCCCAAAACUGCUUCGUUUUAUACAUUUCACUUCUCUCCUGAAAUCACAGCAGUGUCAGUUUGCGCCUUUUGGUCUGAGGAACCCAGGCCCUAGCCACUACCAGGAAAAAAUGCUUUGCACAUGGCCUACUAUCAAAAAUCCUCUACAGUGAUUCUCAGCAUCACCUAGGGAGCUUAUGUAAAAACUCAAAUUUCUGAGCCCUGUCCCCAGAGUUUCUUAUCGAUUUCCUUGAUGAAGAACUAUCAAAGCAGUCAAAGCUAUCAAAAUAAAAAAGAAUUCUGACUGGGCACAGUGGCUCACACCUGACAUCCCAGUACUUUGGGAGGCCAAGGUGGGCAGAUCACACAAGGCCAGGAGUUCAAGACCAGCCUGGCCAACAUGGCAAAAACCCCAUCUCUACUAAAAAUACCAAAAUUAGCUGGGCAUGGUGGUACGCACCUGCAAUCCCAGCUACUCGGGAGACUGAGGCAAGAGAAUCACUUGAACCCGGGAGGCAGAAGUUGCAGUGAAACAAGGAGGUGCCACUGCAUUCCAGCCUGGACGAUGGAGCGAGACUCUGUCUCAAAAAAAAAAAAAAAAAAAAAAAAGAAUUCUGCCUCAUAGCAUCUGUUAAGUUAUACACUGGACCUAUCCUUUCCUCACUGACAGACAUUUUUCAAAUUUUUUGGUAAGGCCUACUUCAUAUAAAAUGCAAUCCAAGCCAAAAGUUAACAAGAAUAAGGGGAGGAAAGGGGACUCCAAAAGCAGAGAAAGAUAUUUACCUGGGAUAUACACUGCAAGAAAAUCAAAGCUAUAAGAAAUAUCCAUGAAUAGUAGACAUAAGGUAUCAGAGUAAUAAAAUUCCUGUCCCUAGGAGGGAAUAUUGGAGUUUGCCAGAGAAACAGAAUGAGAGAGACAGAGAGAUUUAUUGUAGGAAUUGGCUCAUAUGAUUAUGGAGGCUCAGAAGUCCCACGAUCUGCCAUCUGCAAGCUGGAGAAUCAGGAAAGCUGGAGGUGUAAUUCAGUCAAGUCCAAUGGCCAGAGAACCGAGUGUACUAAUAUCCAAGAGCAGGAGAAAAUAGAUGUCCCAGAAUAAGCACAGAGACUGAUUUUGUCCUUCCUCUGCCUUUGUGUUUCCUAUGGGGCACUGAAUGGACUGAUGCCCAUCCACAUUGGUGAGGGUGGAUCUUCUUUACUCAGUCUACCAAUAGAAAUGUCAAUCACUUCCAGAAACACCCUCACCAACACACGUGGAAAUAACGUUUUACCAGGUAUCUGUGCAUCCCUUAGUUCACUCAAGUUGACACAACCAUCACAGAAGGAGACUGGCCUUACUCUGAAAUUAGGAAACUAAAGAAGUGACCAGAAUGGAGACUAGGCAGAGACAACUAGUUCUCUACCAAAUAUCUGAGGGGGAUUGGUUCCAAGAACUCUCAGGAAUACCAAAAUCUGCAGGUGUUCAGGUCAUUUAUAUAAACUGUUACGGUGUUUGCAUAUAACCUUUGCACAUCUUCCCAUAUACUUCAAAUCAUCUCUAGAUUACUUAUAAUAAUGAGUGUAGUGUAAAUGCUACGAAAAUAGUUGUUACACUGUAUUGUUUAUUUGUAUUUGUAUUGAAUUGUUUUGGGGUGGGGGGCAGUUGUAUUCUCUCUUUCUUAGUAAUAGAACCCCUGGUUUUUAGCUGAGCACAUGACUGCCCUCAAUAAAGAUUAAAGUACCCCAAUUUUCCUUGAGAUUGUGGCCGUAUGACUGAACUUUCAACAGUGAGAUACAAGCAGGUAUCUUCUGUGGCAGUGUUAGGAAGCUAUUCUAUUAAAGAUAGUAAGAACAUUGCCUUUUGCCUUCUUUUUCCUCUUUCUCCAUUUUUCUGCCUGGAAUGCAAAUGUGAUGGCUAACACCCUAGCAGCCAUUUUAGUUUAUGAAGAUGAGAGCCACUCCUCAGGGAUGGUGGACCUGAAAGCGGGAUUCUAGAUGUGGAACGACAAUACCAGCCCUGGACUACCUACCUCUGUGUGUGUGUGUGUGUGUGUGUGUGUGUGUGUGUGUGUGUGUGUGAGAGAGAGAGAGAGAGAGAUACUACAAGUAACACAAAGCAUGGUACUUGGACUGGGAAGGUAAAUGUUUAAAAAUUUUAAAUGUGGCAUUGCUUUGUUGAAGACAGUCAAGCAGUAGGUGCUGCAGGUUUUGUUGAGGCUAGAAAGCUGUUGGUCUUUAUUAGGUGAUGGCAAAACAAUGGAUCACAUUUUCAUGUGCUGUGUCUUGGGAGGCAAAUGAUGAGAAUGUAGGAUUGGGGAAAUAGUAAGGAAAAUCCGAAAUGUUCAUGUUUUGUAACCCCUUCUUGCCAAUCUUAAAAGAAGGACAAACUGAGGCUAGAUUAAGCAAGUCUACAGGUACACUUGGAAGGAAACACAGCCGUACUAAGGAAGUACUCUGUCUGUGGCCUGCAGUCAAGUUUGACUAGGUCCUGUAUUUGAGCUUUGAAAGAGUAAAGAAUACAAGUGCUCAUAUACCCCUGAAGUAGUUACCAGCAGUGACUGCAAGGAGGUAAUCUUAUGGGAUGAAACUAUGUUAACCAUCAUAUAUAGCAUAUAUGUGUGUAUGUAUGUGUAUAUAUAUAUGUGUAUAUAUUUAUAUGUGUGUGUAUAUACACACAUGUACACACACCCUACAACCCAGUGAUUUCAAAAAAUAAACAUUUGUUUAGCUCAUGAAUCUGCGGGUUAGGUGAGUAUUUCUACUGGUCUUGGCUGGGCUCACCUGUACCCAGUCAGCUGCAGGGUCUAGCUCUUCUUAUCCUGGCUGGGAUCUCGCACAUGUCUAGGAUCAGCUGCUCUACUAAUCUAGGAUGGUCUUGAUUGAGACAGGCGGACUACUCAGCUCUCCACUGUCUCAUCCUUCAGCUGGUCAGCCCAGAAAUGUUCCUAUGUUUACAGCAUAAGAGCAAGCCAGAAAGAAUAAUACGCAACCACUUUUCCAAGCCUAAGGUGAAGGGGUGGGCAGAACCUGUGGUGUUAGGAAGCAACUCAUACCAGCCCACGGGUCUACUCUUUAAUUUUCAGGAAUUUGGCAAGCUGAUUGCUAACACAGCCAUUGUGUAAUAUUAAAUUAUGUACUUGCAAUCAAAUAAUGUACAUUAAAACAAAGACAAUAGGUACUCAAAA